CUUCUGGCCUCGGGAACUCGUUUGUCCUUUCUUGCUUGAGUUUUGAAGCCUUGCGGCUUCAAAUUGAGAGUUGUUUGGUUAUAAAUAUUUUGAGGGCCUACACCCCAAGUUAACAGCGAGCUUAAGUCGUUGGCUGUCCCGGACCGGCUGCACAAAGUUGUCUGGAGCUGAAGAAUGCAAAGUAAUGGGCAAGAAUUAGUGGAAUGUAGUAGGCACCUAUUGAUUUCCGUUUAAUUUGAAACAAUUUGUGUCUAGAUGAUAAGAGAAGCUGCAUUUGAGAGCUGAGACGAGGGAGGAGUAAAUUCGAAUUGCAAGCUGUGUGGGAUUUGAGUUCAAGUAAGUUUGACGAAUUCUAACUUGGGUACAGCACCAUUUGUGGUCGUACCAUACCCUAGCAGCAGAAAUUUUCCGGAUAUUGGAAUUUUAAACAGUAUCUUUGAGCAAGAAAGAGGGUAGAAUAGAGUAAAAGAGAUGGACGAAGAAGAAAUUGAGAAAGCUGUAAUGACCUACUUGAAAAAGAAGGGUUUCAAGCAAACGGAGUUGGCCUUCCAAGAAGAACAACAGCGACAGCAUCCCAAAACCGCCUUGCACUCCACCAAUUCCCAUGUUGACCCUGAAAUCGCUUGUCAAAUCCUCUCAUUCUCUUCUGAAUUGGAAAAUAAUCCUGCCCAGUACCAUGAGGGAUAUGGCAAGCUUCGAUCAUGGGCCUACAGUUCAUUGGAUUUAUACAAGCACGAGUUGCUUCGAGUUCUGUAUCCUGUUUUUGUUCAUUGCUUCAUGGAUCUUAUUGCAAAAGGUCACAUUCAAGAAGCAAGAACUUUGUUUAAUAGCUUUCGUGAAGACCAUGAGAUGAUGCAUGGACGUGAUCUCCAAAAACUGGAAGGUGUUCUGUCGCCCUCUCACCUGGAGGAAAUGGAAUUUGCCCAUUCUCUAAGACAAAGCAAAUUCAACAUUAAAAUUUGUCAGUACUCUUAUGAUCUACUGCUGCAAUACCUUCACAAGACACAGUCUGUUGUAAUGCUUGGACUAAUAAAUGAGCACAUCAACUUUCAAGUCUCUCCUGGACAACCAACUUCAAUUUCUGAUGAUGCUGAAGUUGUUACACUCAUGGGCAGUGGCCAGGAUGCCGUGAAUCUGAUAAAUCAGAAAGAAAUACAUUGGGGGUUGCUUGAAGAUAGUUUGGAAGAAAGGUUGGAGAAGGCAGGAGCUCUGGUUCCAGAUUCAGCAAAGGUGGAUGGAGAAGCAAGGGAAGGAGAGGUGGAAGAGAACAAGAAAAGACCAUAUGAGGGAGGAAAGCAAGGUGCUUCGCUCAAGAAGUCAAAAAAGGAUAAGGUUGCUACUGCAACAGGCAAAGCUUCUCGUGUGGAGACUAGCACAGUAUCUGUGGCACCACGUGUCAAACCAGAGCUAACCUUGCCAUCGAUACCGGCUGAGGUAGAGCAUUCUAUUCUUGAAGAUCUCCGGAAUCGGGUACAACUGAGUAGUGCAGCUCUUCCUUCUAUCAGCUUUUACACAUUUAUUAACACACAUAAUGGGUUAAAUUGUGCGUCAAUAUCCCAAGAUGGAUCACUCGUUGCUGGUGGCUUCUCAGACGCAUCGCUUAAGGUUUGGGACAUGGCCAAGCUUGGGCAACAAACUGGUUAUGCUACUUCGCAGAUAGUAGAGGAUUCAUAUCCGAGUGACUCUUUACUUGGUGCAAACAGUGGGAGAAAAUCAUAUACAUUAUUUCAAGGCCAUUCUGGACCUGUAUAUUCUGCUACUUUUAGUCCAUUUGGAGAUUAUAUUUUGUCUUCUUCAUCAGAUUCAACAAUUCGUUUAUGGAGUACAAAUUUGAAUACAAAUCUUGUAUGUUACAAAGGUCAUAACUACCCCGUAUGGGAUGUUCAGUUCAGUCCAGUGGGACAUUAUUUUGCCAGCUCUUCACAUGAUAGAACAGCAAGAAUCUGGUCUAUGGACAGAAUGCAGCCUUUGAGAAUCAUGGCUGGUCACUUAUCUGAUGUAGAUUGUCUGCAAUGGCAUGCUAACUGCAACUAUAUCGCAACUGGAUCUAGUGAUAAAACUGUUCGCUUGUGGGAUGUUCAAAGUGGGGAGUGUGUAAGAAUAUUUAUUGGUCACCGGAGUAUGAUCUUAUCAUUGGCUAUGUCCCCAGAUGGACGAUACAUGGCAUCUGGUGAUGAGGAUGGUACAGUUAUGAUGUGGGAACUUGCCAGUGGUCGUUGCAUUAGCCCCUUGGUUGGUCAUACAUCUUGUGUAUGGACACUUGCUUUUAGUUGUGAAGGUUCGCUUCUUGCAUCUGGUUCUGCUGAUUGCACUGUGAAAUUGUGGGAUGUAACUGCAAGCACAAAACUGUUAAAGACAGAGGACAAUAAAACUGGAAGUAUAAAUAGACUCCGGUCACUGAAGACUCUACCAACAAAGUCUACCCCAGUUUAUUCUUUGCAGUUCUCACGGAGGAAUCUUCUAUUUGCUGCUGGAGUACUCUCAAAAAAUACUUAAAAAAUGUGACCUGACUGAAAGAACAUUCAUCAUACUGCUCUAUGAACAUGUUUCAGCAGCUAGUUGCGAUUCCUGCAACUUGUAAUUUUAAAAAGGAAACAGUUGCUGUAAAAUAUUCACAGCUAAACUUUUGUUCUUGCAUCUUAUCUGCUGUAGGCCUUUUCAUAUGCAGUUGUAGUAAGAAUUUAAUUCUAUAUUGAACAGCUGUUUCCAUAUGUUUUACAUUCUCUGCGUCCAGUUUUUACAUCUUUAAAGUAUACCCGACUAUGCAGCAAGUCUUGAAACUUGCAUGUUUUAAUGAGACUUUCAAUGGUUGUAUGCA